UGGGUGAGGUCGCGGUAACGUUUCAGCGAAUGCGUGUGCGAGUCUCCGGAAGCAUUGGCUGGGCGGCGCGGAGUAUUUCCGGAGGUCGGAGUCAUGGUGAUGUCCAUGCUCUGACGGUGGCUGCAAUGGAUGAGGACUUCCCCCGCGGGGGGAUACAGCGAAAGCCCACUGCAGGGAAGAACAAGAAUGAGGAACAGGACAACUUGUUUCAGCUCUCGGGGUCUGAACAUCGUACAAAGAACCCGAAGGUAGAACAACGGAAGAAAGAAAUAAACAAUGAGAAAACAAAAAAGCCAAGGGAAUUGCAGGGCCGGGCAUCGCGGGAGAAGCAGCCAAAGGAGGAAGGCAUCCUCACGUUCAAGAAGCUGAACGUCGGAACCCUGCUGCUUGGAUGUGUGAAGGAAGUGACUGAUUUUGAACUUGCCAUCGGAUUACCCCAUGGACUCACCGGCUACGUGAGCCUCACCGGCAUCUGUGAUGCGCUUACGCAGUCCCUGAGCGAGCAGGUCAAUGAGGACCUGUCCGAGGAUCUGACUGCUCUCCCAGACCUGUACAGCCCCGGUAUGGUCGUACGGUGUGUCAUUUCUCAGCUCGGGGCAACAAAGACAAACCGCCACAGCUUGAAGCUCUCCAUUAACCCCAAGGAGGUGAACGCAGCGCUGUCGGCAGGGACAUUACGAGCAGGAAUGCUGCUCUCUGGCUGUGUGUCCAGUGUGGAGGACCACGGAUAUCUGGUUGACAUUGGGGUCAAGAUCACCAAGGCCUUCCUUUCGCAACAGAAAGCCCAGGAGUACAUUAAGAACAGGAACCAAGGACUCCCUCUCCGUGUUGGUCAGUACCUGAAUUUCCUUUUGGAGUCGGUAAAGGACAAUGGCCGGUUCGUCCAGCUUUCAGUCCGAUCAACUGAUGUUGCUACGGCAAUGGCCACUGAUGAUCAGAAUUGGGGCCUUUGCAACUUGCUCCCUGGGCUGGUGGUGAAUGCUGAGGUUCAGAAGGUGAAUCCCCACAGUCUGGUUCUGCAGUUCCUCUCUGGCGUGUUGGGCACCGUUGAUUUCAGGCACCUGGAUCCACAGAAAAUUGGGACCUACCACACGGGUCAAAAGGUGAAGGCCUGUGUGCUGUACGUGCAGCCUGAUUCCAAGUCUGUGCACCUGACGCUGCGGCCCAUCUUCCUGCAGCCAGGGGCACUGGUGCGGCAGCCAGGCAGGCAAAGCAUUGGUGAAGUCCUGGAGCAGUGCACGGUGCUGUGCUACCACAAGGGUGCUGGUGUCACCUUUCGACUGGAAGAUGGGUCAUUUGCCUACUCUCGUGUGUUUCACCUAUCGGACACAAAGAUGACCUCAGCUGCCAACGUUUUCAGGAAGGGCACCAAGCACCGGUGCCGGGUCAUUGACUAUGCCCCCAUGGAGCAGAUGGCCCUGGUGUCACUGAAAAAGACCAUUAUUGAAGCCCCAUUUUUGAGGUACCACGAUAUCCUCCCGGGACAGAUGAUUGAGGGUAAGGUCGCCUCCCUGGAGAAAUUUGGGGUCCUCGUGAAGGUGACAGACCACAUCCGGGGACUGGUGCCUCGAACACAUCUGGCAGAUGUCCCACUGAAGCAUCCAGAAAAGAUGUACAGCGUGGGAGACAAAAUUAAGUGCAGGGUGUUGAGGGUAAAUGCUGAGACCAAGAAGGUUACUUUGACUCGGAAGAAAACAUUGGUCAAGUCGAAGCUUCCUGUCAUUUCUUGUUACUCGGAGGCUGUGCCCGGGCAGACAGCCCACGGUUACAUUGUGUGCGUAAAACCUUUUGGCUGCAUCGUCUGCUUCUACGGUGACGUGCGAGGACUGGUCCCACGGCAUGAGCUAAGUGUCGAACCCCCGCCCUUCCCUGAGAAGGUCUUCUAUGUUGGCCAGGUUGUGAAGGCCACUGUCCUGAAAUGUAACCCAAACCAGGAGAAGCUGCUGCUGUCUCUUAAACCCCACUGCGACGCCAUUGGACGGGAACCGGGAACCAGAGCUGAUGAUGCUGCCCAGGAACGUGAAGGAGCUGCUGGGUACCCGACUGGAAAGAUUGUUGAUGUGAAAGUGUUGGCGAAGGCGAAGGAUGGGCUGGAGGUCUCCAUCUUACCUGAGCAAGUGGCUGCCUUCCUGCCCACAACUCAUCUCUCGGACCACGUGAGCAACUGUCGGCUUCUGGCAGAGAGACUCCGAGUGGGUGACGUCAUCUCCGGAGUCAUGUGCUGGAGCCAGGCCAUCAAUCGGAUUAUUCUUUCCAGAAAGCCGGCAUUGCUGGCUUUUGUUGAACAAGGAGUAGUGGCAAAGGAUUUUACAGAGCUCCAGGUGGGAAUGGUGAUGACAGGAAUGGUGAAGAACAUUAUGCCGUACGGAGUGUUUGUGGAAUUUGCCCACGGCCUCGUUGGCCUGGCUCCCAAAGCUGCCAUGUCUGACAAGUUUGUCACCAACACAGUGGACCAUUUUGUGAUGGGACAGACAGUGGUUGCUAUGGUAACGAACCUGGACGAGGAGAAGAGGCGAGCUCUGCUGACUCUGAAAGUGUCAGACUGCGGAUCUGGGGAUGCCGAUCGGGAGAGCCUUGCCCUCUUGAGCCAGUACUUGAUGGAGCUCGAUUUCAUUCGCUCCUUCAUGGGCCGGAGGGAUUCCCCCGUCGUUGCCAAUCUGAGCCGCCUGGUCAUUGGACAAAGGCUGGAACUGACCGUAGAUGCAGUGAAGACUGACGGGACCAUGCAUUUCACUGGCAAGGAUGUUGCUGGGCUGACUGUUACAGCCAGUCGCUAUCACCAAGGGGAGGCGCCUGUGAGCCCUGGGCAGCAGCUGGCAGCAGUUGUGUUGUUCGUCGAUCUCCUCUCCUCCACGGUCUAUGUUUCAGUCCGUCCGGAACUGCUGUGUGCACGUGUCAAAAAGCUGAAGGGAGUUUCGCAGCAGUCGGCUGUGGUACAGUUUGUGGCAUCGGAUGUCGCUGUGGCGUCGCUGUGUGGCUCCUCGCAGCUCACCUUCACUCCAGUUGCCUCCCACCUCAAUGACACCUUCCACUUCGACUCAGAAAAGCUCUCUGAAGGGCAGACGGUGUCUGUGAAACUUAAGGCCAGUGGCAAGGAGCACCAGGGGAUCCCACUGUCCAGCAGGGGACCCAGUAAACACCGGCGACCAAACCAAGACCACGAGCCUCUGGAGGCAGUGGAGGAGGCAGCCCCCGAGCUCCAGCAUACGUUGUGUGUCGGCGAUAUCGUCAGUGGGACCGUGAAGUCAGUGCGGCCGACCUCCCUGUUCAUCGCACUGCCAGGCGGGGUGACUGGAUUCGUUCACGCCUCAGAGAUCCUCGAACGGGUCUCUGAUGGAACGGUUCCAACUUCGAGCCAGAAAGUUGGCAACACUGUGACUGCAAAGGUCAUCGGAGGCAAAGAGACAAAGUCACACAAGUUUCUGCCGAUCACACACUCGCGUUUCACAGUGAAUAAGCCGGUGUUGACUCUACGACCCAGUAAACUAUCAGAGAAACAUGCUGCUGUACCACAGGAUGAGGAGCUGGUGGACAGGCUGCGGGCCUUCAAGCGCGGACAAGUGCUGACCUGCUACGUGUACAGGUACUACAGUGCCAAGCAAUGCCUGGACGUAGAAGUGACCCACGAUAUCCAUGGGAAUGUCGAGCAGCUGCUGUUAACCCUCAAUCACAAGUGCAUGAAACAUCCCGAGCGGAUGUUCCAACCCGGUCAGGCAUUGACUGCAACGGUGAUCAGCCCAGAUAGUACAGGCACCCGGCUCUGUCUCUCGCUCACAGGUCUGUGCUCGCUGGAUGAAGGGGCUGUGACUUUGGGCACCAUCAAAAAAGUCCUUCCAAGCAUCGGGGUUCUCGUCAGCCUGCCCUUUGGGAAGACCGGCCGAGCGGGCUUGUGUGACCUGGCAGACUCGUACAGCGAGUCGCCGCUGGAGGGGCUCGUCCAGGGCAGUCUCAUCAGGUGUUGUGUUAUUUCCAAGGAUAAGAAUCAACUAGGAAUUUCUCUAAGGAAAUCCAGGGUUUACCCUGAAAAGAAGCUUCCAGUGUGCGACCCUGAGAUUACAUCGAUCAAGGACCUUUGGAAAGGGGCAAUCCUGAGGGGUUACAUCAAAGACUUCGGAGAACUUGGAGUUUUUGUCAGCCUUUCAGCCACUUUGACGGGCCAUGUUCAGUAUCAGCACGUCACUGAUUACUCAGUCAACGACAACAGACUCUAUCAGGAAAAUAUCCCAAAGGGAAAGCUGGUGACAGUCAAAGUACUGAGUACAAAGGACCAAGCAGGUUAUGUGGGACUUUCACUUCUCCCUCAAGAUACGAGGAAGCCAGACUUGCUGCCAGCAUCCCUUGGCUUGUUAUGCAAGGAGCUGAAUGAAACUAAGAUGGAGGUCGCUAAGGCCGGGAAACGCAAGCGGAGAGACUCAGAGAGGGAGCAGCUGCCCCCCAAAAAGUUGAAGACACAGAAGAAACAACGCUUGGAGGAGGGUGAUUGUGGACUAGAGGUAUACUGUCGGGAGGCAGACGAGGAGAGUGAUGCUGACAUUGAGCAGCAGCUGAGCCCUGUCAAACCCAAGGUCCCCAGGCUCCAGCUGUCCACCAGCUUUGCUUGGGGUGCGAGUUUAAACACCAUCGCCCCUGUGACGAAGGGACACAAGGACAUGAGCUCGGACAGUGAGGAGGAGCAGAGCACAGACACGGAGCCCAGGCUGAGUCGGAGGGAGAAGGAGGCUAGCAAGCGACGGGCGGAGAAGGAGCUGGCUCGCGUAGAGCAGCAGCUGACGGACCCCGCUCGGCAUCCGCAGACGGCAGACGACUUCGAUCGCCUGGUCCUCGGCUCCCCCAACAGCUCCAUUAUCUGGAUGCAGUACAUGGUGUUCCACCUGCAUGCCACCGAGAUCGAGAAGGCACGGGCUGUGGCCGAGCGAGCCCUGAAAACCAUCUCCUUCAGGGAGGAGCAGGAGAAGUUGAACAUUUGGGUAGCUCUGCUUAACCUGGAGAAUCUCUACGGUACAGAGGAGUCACUGACAAAAGUGUUUGAACGUGCUGUGCAGUACAAUGAUCCGCUGAAAGUCUUCCAGCAACUGGCUAGUGUCUACACCAGAUCUGAGAAGUACAAGCAAGCGGAUGCCCUGUACAACACCAUGCUGAAGCGGUUCCGUCAGGAGAGUGCCGUCUGGUUGAGUUAUGCCACCUUUCUCCUGAAGCAGGGGCGUGGUGAGGGCAGCCGUGCCUUGUUGGAGAGGGCCCUCAAGUGUCUACCAAAGAAAGAGCAUGUUGACGUGAUUACCAAGUUUGCACAGCUGGAGUUCCGACUGGGCGACAGGGAGCGGGCGAAGGCCAUGUUUGAGAGCACAUUGAGCAGUUACCCGAAGCGCACGGACCUGUGGUCGAUCUACAUCGACCUGGUGGUGAAAUACGGCAGCCAGGAGGAAGUGAGACACCUCCUGGACAGAGCUGUGCACCUCAAGGCAGCUCCUAAGAAGAUCAAGUUUUUCUUCAAACGUUACCUGGCCUACGAGAAGGAGCAUGGCAGUGCGGAGCGCGUGCAGGCAGUGAAGGAGAUGGCGCUUGCCUACGUGGAUUCAAGGACCUCUCUGGAGGGCAGUUAGCUGGCUCUGCAGCUGCCGGUUAUCAGCGGGCAUUUUGUACAUUAGACUCUGGACUGCUGGGGGUGGGUGGGCAGGUCUGGUGAGGUGGAGUCUCUGAGAAGGCACUGAACCUUCCUCGAUACUCCAGCUCAUCUCUGCUGGGACUGCCGAGUUCCUGUCUAACAGUGGUGGGUGGGUGGAGUGUGCUGCAGCAGUGAGCAAUGCUGCAGUCUAACGCCACCUUGGUGUUACAGUAGGUCACCCCUCCCCCCAGGCUGAGUGCUGAGAGUUCCCACUCCUGGGUACGGGGGUUCAGUGCGAGACAGGCCACCAGCUGCUGGGAAGUGGUUCCUGGGCUGAUACAGAGCUGGCACCCUGGGCUAGAAGCUGCAGGCAGGGCCGAGUGUCUGUCAUGGACCAGUCACAGUUCGCGAGGGGCUCUGGGUUGCAGCAGCGUGGGCCUGUUCGUCUGGUCCACCCCAGCUCCACCUACAAAGCCAGGAGCUGGAACCACGAGGGGCCUGGGCCAAGGAGCACGGUUUUGGGGCAGACUUCCAGCCCUGAGCUUGGAAUAAAGCCCAUAUGUUGUGGUAUGAAGGUUGUCCGGCCACAGUGGUCUCUGUACAGGAAGGGCCCUGAUCCCACCACCACAGCUGGAGACCGAUGAACCCCACCCAACUGACUCAAGCCCCAGUUACUUGUUGAUUUGCCCCAUGGGGCAUUAGUGGGAGUCCAGGUAAUGCAACAUGUUUGUCUCCUGCAACAAGACCCACAUGGGAUCUUGCUGUGCCAUGCUCACAUAUCCACUCUGCACCGGCAGCAACCCCCCUCCCUCUGCCCCUUCACCAGUGAAGACCAGGAGGUGCUGUUGAUGCAGAAAUGCCCCACUCUCAAUGUAAGCAACAGAACAGAACCCCUCGCGCCUUGGUGCAGACUCAAUCCUGGCACCCAGGGCUUGCUGACUGACCUGUCCACUAGCCAUAGCUCACCGACACAGGCCCACUGCGUGCGGAGUGAACAACUGUCUCAAUCAGCAGAACAGCCUGAAGAUCCAGUGGGACUUUACAAACCUCAGAACCUGUUCCCCAACUGAAAAUCUCCCAGAGCACCGUCCUGAUACACCUACGGUUAACACGGGUUUAUUGCUCUCCCAGUUGUACCAGUCCAGAGGUUGCUGCAGCUUUCGACAGAGAUUACUCUGCUGCUGUUGGGGGAAAUUGCUGCAGUAUCUGGUCCCUGCUUUUUUUAUUACACUGUUUUACUGAGUAAAUGACUGCUGGACAAUAGCUGGCUGCUGAGAGUGCUGAACCCCACAGACUGAUGUAGCACAGCCAAUAAAUCCUGUUUCAGCCAGGUGGACCUGUAGUGGUUUGUAGUAAGGGAAAGCCUUUCCAA